AUGGAGCUGAAAGCAUUCAGGUUCUGGAAAAUAUUGAAGCGGUUAGAAAAAGACCGGGAAUCGGUGGCUGGUUAUUGUAGCGAAGUAAAAAUAACUCUUUCGCUUGACCAAAAACAUAUCACGGUUGAAGAUAAUGGACGAGGUAUUCCAAUUGCUAUUCACCCCGACACUAAAAAAAGUACCUUAGAAACUAUUUUUACUUUCUUACAUUCAGGAGGUAAAUUUGAGAACAAAGUCUACAAAACUUCCGGUGGAUUACAUGGAGUUGGCGUGACAGCUGUUAAUGCUCUCUCUGCCAAUUUAAAAUUCCAAGAAGGAGUUUUAAUUAAUUCCCAAAUUACUGAUACACCGAAAGCAACAAAUGGAAUUACUAUUACUUUCACCCCUGAUCCCAAAAUCUUUCAAGAGUUUACUUACUUUAAAAUUGAAACUAUUCAAAACCGUUUAAAAGAAUUAGCUUACCUUAAUCCAAACGUUAGUUUAGCUUUUGCUACUUCACCGGAAGCUACUCCCAUUACUUAUCAUUACAGUAGUGGCUUGGCCGAUAAAUACCCUAAUCUAAAAGUAAGUGUUUUAAAAGAUGAUGUUUUGGAAGGUUUGGUGACUAUUUUGGCGGUUCGCAUGAAAGACCCACAAUUUUCGGGACAAACUAAGGAUCGCUUGGCUAAUAAGUCUGUACGUGAAUUGGUUAAAAAUGCCAGUUACGACUUGGUAAGAAGGUUUCUCCAAGACCACGGCAAUAGUGCUGAAGCCAUUAGUCGACAAAUUAUUACUAACGCCCAAAAUCGGGCCAAGUACGAAGAAUAUGAAAAAUCUCUGCGCGAAGGUGGUCGUGGAUCAGCUUCACCGGAAACUCCUUGUAUUUCGAAAGACACUGCCAACAAUGAAUUAUUUAUUGUCGAAGGAGAAUCGGCGGGAGGUAGUGCUAAGUCGGCCCGUGAUCCGAAUAAUCAAGCCGUUUUACCUGUUCAAGGAAAAAUUAUUAACGUUGAAAAGGCAGAAAGAGUUAAAAUCUUUGAAAAUGAGGAAAUAAAAAAUCUAAUUAAUGCUUUAGGAUUUAAUGUUAGUGAAGCUACCCAAAAUUACUAUAACCGCUUUCGGACUAAGUCAGAAACUGACCUUACUCCUGAACAAUUACAAGAAAUAGAAAUUCCUGAAGAAUUUAUUUACCAAGAUGAGGAAGGGAAAGAAGUAAUAAUCCCAGCUCAUACCGCCCUUACUUCGGAGCAAUUAAAAGUAAUAGUAGCCAAAACUCAGCAAUCCUUAUUAAAGAAGUUGCGUUAUGGGAAAGUUAUAAUUAUGACUGAUGCUGACCCGGAUGGUAAACAUAUUGAAUGUUUGGCUUUAACUUUCUUUGUUCGUUACUUUCGUUAUUUAAUUGAUGAGCACCGUUUAUAUUUAGCAGUUCCACCUUUUUAUCGCAUAAAAACCAAGCAGGAAAUAAAAUAUCUUUACAAUGAUCAAGAAUUAGAAGAAUAUCGCCAACAGGUUAAAGGAAGUUAUACUAUUCAACGCUUUAAAGGUUUGGGAGAAAUGAAUCCCCAACAAUUGCGGGAAACUACCAUGGCCACACGUAAACGUUGUUUACACGAAUUGCUUCUUCCUAAUCCACCUAGCAUUCGGAAAAUUAUUCAAGAUUUAAUGGGUCCCAAAAGUGAGCCAAGGAAAAAACAUUUAGAAAGCGGCGAUCAUAAGAAUGUUCAAUUAACGGUCAUUGAUAAUAAAUUAGAUGUUGGUCAAGCCUUAUUAGUCAAGUUCUUGGAGUAUGCUUAUGCCGUAGUCGAAGACCGGGCCUUACCCCAAUUAUAUGAUGGUUUGAAACCAGUUCAAAGAAGAAUUCUUUUUACUCUUUAUCAAUUAAAUCUUUUUCCAAAUAAAGCUCACCGCAAAGCGGCCAAAGUUGUUGGUGAUGUAAUGGGUGAUUAUCACCCUCAUGGCGACGCUAGUAUUUACCAAGCUAUGGUGAAAAUGUCACAAGAUUUUCAUUAUCGUUAUCCAUUAGUUGAUGGUCAAGAACCAAAAAUCUUGCCAGCUAAUCUGAACUUAUUAUUAAAUGGUUCUAGUGGCAUUGCAGUGGGAAUGAGCACCAAUAUUCCGCCGCACAACUUAGGAGAAGUAAUUGAUGCUACUAUUAACCUUAUUCAAGAGCCAGAAAUUAGUUUGGAACAAUUAAUCACUUAUUUGCCAGCCCCUGAUUUUCCCACUGGUGGUCAAAUUCUCGAACAAGAAAAAUUACAAAGUAUCUACGAAAAAGGCGAAGGGACAAUUUAUAUUCGGGCCAAAGCGGAAAUUACUUCUAGCAAACUCGAAAAAGAAACAAAGUUGGACAGUUCUACUAAGUCAAAAAGAGACUUAAUCCAUAUUACUGAAUUACCUUACAAAGUCAAUAAGGCUAAACUAGUAGAAAGCAUUAGCCAAAUAAUUAAAGACAAAAAAAUCGAUGGUUUGCGCAGUGUCGCUGAUUAUUCCAGUUAUGAGGAACCAGUUAACAUUCAUCUACGUUUUGAUCCUAAUUAUGAUGGGGAAGUAAUUCUUAAUCAGUUAUACAAAACCACUAGAUUGCAAAAUACUUUUAGUGUAAAAAUGCGAGCUUUGAUUGAUGAUCAACCCAAAAUUUUUUCUUUAAAGGAAGUUUUGGAAGGAUUUGUUAGCCAACGUUUAGAAAACAUUCAAAAGAAAUCCCAAUUUAUUUAUAACAAAAAUCAGAAAGAGUUAAUUGGUUUAGAAACCCGUCGUUUUAUUAUCGAUAAUUAUCGAGAAAUAGCUGAAAUUGCUCACACUUCUUCUUCCGACGAAGAGAGGGAAAAAAAAUUAAAAAAUCGUUUCAAUGCUGAGUUAAAAACAUUACAAGAACAAUUGAGGAGCAUUCAAGACAAAUCGAUUGAUUCAUCUGAAAAACCUAGUGAUUUAGAGCAAGAAGCUAUUAAUCGUAUUUUGGACACGCCAGCUAGUUUUCGCCAAUUUACUCCAGAAAGAAGAGAAAAGUUACAAAACGAUAUCAAUAAAUUACAACAAGAUAAUACUGAACAACAGUUAGUAAUCACUAAUUUAGAAAAAAGAAAAGAAAGAUUAAUUCAAGAGUUGCAAGAACUAAAAAAUAACUAUCCGCAGGAUAAAAGACGAACAACGAUUACCUCUCUUCAACACUCGAUUGAGGAAAGACAAUUAAUUCCCCACGAAGAAAGAGUUGCUUUGCUGAGUCGUUUUGAAAAUAAAAAGGAAAGCAAAAUAAACAAUUAUUUAACGGUUCAUAGUCUAGCGGCGGUGGAACCAACUAAUAUUCCGAGUCAGGCUCUUAAUAAAACUACUAAUUUAAAUGAGGAAUAUUUCAUGAGGACGAGAAAAGGGGAGUUAAAACCAACCCUCCAAUCCCAAGAAUUCUUUACUAAUGCUUUGACCGUGAAGGAACAAUUUACUGAGAAAUUUCUGCUGAUUAUUACCCACCGAGGAAAAAUUAAACUUCUGGGAGCCGACAAGUUACAAAAUAUUAACAAAUCGGGGAAGAAAUUAAUUAAUCUUUAUCAAAAAACUGUUGAAAAAUGUUCGCUUCAUCAAUCGCAAUUAACUGAGCAUAAGGCCACUGCUCACAUUUGUGGUAAUGAGGAAAUAGAACUUAUUGUUAAAAGAAGGAGUCGGGAUGGUGUAAUAAAAAACUUAAAACUUCCGCUUUAUCGUCAAACAAGAAAAAAGGACGAGGAAGGAAAUUCAGUCUAUUGUUCAACUCAUCAAGUUCAAUUAAAAAAGCAUAAAACUGCUAAUUGCUGUGAUAAAAGUCAAGGAGUAAUGGCUUAUUCUCGAUGUUCCCAGUUUAAAAAAUUACGAAAUCAAAUUAAAGAAUGCGAAAAGGCCAAAGAGAAGGUAGAAAAAGAAAUGCGGGAGGAAAAAGAGUUAAUGGAAGAAAGAGUAUUAAAAUCUACUUUACCACUAGAAACUAAGGAAAAAAUCCUGAAAGAUAGCAAAAUAAUUACUGGAGUAAACACCAAAGAAAUAACAAGAAAAAUUGCCAAUUCACCGAUUGACCCAACCAUUGGUGAGGUGGCGAUUGCAGAACAGUCAAAGGAUCUCAAACAAAAAGGCGAAGUUUACCAAAAAUUACUGGCCGAAGUUAAAACCCAGCAGGAAAAAAUAGGCGAUUUUAAGGAAAAAAGUAAACAGUGCAAAGAUUGUCAAAAAUAUUGUACUAAACAUGAACUAAAAAAUCAGGUAGAGAUGGCCAAACACGAAACUUGCCCUCAUUGCCAUAAAUACGACAAACAAGUCCAACAAUCAAAAGAGAAAGUAGAAGAAUUGAGGGAAAAGUUAGAAAAUUUAAAGAAAGUCAAACCCGGAGCAACUAAGGAAAUUCAAAAAUUAAUUAACGAGUUGGCUAAGAAAAAGGAACAGGGCGAAAAAGUUCGUCAUGAGGCUCUUGGUAAUCGAACUAAAUGUCCAAGUUUGAAUGAAUUAAAAGCCGAGAGGAAAGCCUGUCCGAAAUGCCAAGAACAAGAACAAAAAAAAUAUCGAACUCGGGUGGCAAAUCCUUUGCAGCAGGUUUGUUUGGUUGAUAAAGAGAAAAGUCCAGAAAUAUACCUAUUAGCUCAUGAGGAUGUUUGUUGA